UGUGCUUUCAAAUUAUGAAUCAAAAUCUAGUAUAACAUUAAACUUCCACGGGUGCUAGGUCCAGCUUCAUCAAGAGGUGUUUGCUGAAUCUAUUGCUACCUAACCCGAAAAUCGAAACAACGUUUUUAGACAUCUCAACUAUAAAGCCGAUUCUGCAAAAUAUGUAUAAAAGCCUUUUUAUACCCCUCUUUUCAUCUUUAAAUACGUGCUAAUUGAUGCUUAAGCGCAGAGGAGUGCCGGUGGAGGAGAUGCAGAGAAGCAGUAGAUGGAGCAAACUGUCGUCACACAUGGUCUUGUCAGUUUAGUCCUUUGCAAGGUAUCGUUACGUUACCACACACAACACAUUCUUCUUCCUUUAGAACAGUCUUUUUGUCUCUCAUUGAGCUAAUGUUAAGUAUAUUAUUGCAUUAUAUACAUGCUCAGUCAAACGCACCUUUUGGAACAUGCAAUGCUCCUCAGUGAGCUAAAGUUUGUUUUGAUAUGACACAAACCUUGUAUAGACGGAUACAAAGUGAGGAAUUGUGGUGAACCUUCUGCAACGGUAUCUUAUCUCUUUGAUAGGUAGGCCCAAAUGAUAUUGGUGGCCACAAAUCUUGCGUGGAAUAUAUAUUGAUACCUUUGUUUCCACAAAACUUUCUUUCUUGCUUAUUCCAGUCAGUCAACGAAAAUUGAUGUUAGUAUGUACGCAUAGCUUCUUUAUUAAUUAUUCCUCCAUCUUAAAAAACUCUGUGAUCUUGAUCCUCUCUUCAUCAUACUAAUGGAUUAUUAUGUUUCCCUUACCACCGUUGUUGCUGCUGCAAUAUGCUUCUUGGCGCUUUUGGGUACAAUUUUUUUCAACAGAAAAUCAAGAUCCCAUCAAGAAAACAAAACAAUGGCUUCUUCUUUAACUCUUUUGGAUCCUACGUAUUCUUUUCCACACAGCUGGAAACACCAUGUCUUCCCAAGCUUCCACGGAGAAGAUGUCCGAAAAAACUUUCUCAGCCACAUCCUCAAGGAGUUCAGGAGCAAAGGAAUCGAUCUAUUCAUUGACAAUGAUAUAGAGAGAAGUAAGCCGAUUGGUCCUGAGCUAAUAGAAGCUAUUAAAGGAUCGAGGAUUGCUAUUGUCUUGCUCUCAGAGAACUACACUUCUUCGACAUGGUGCUUGAGUGAGCUUGUGGAGAUCAUGAAGUGCAGAGAGAAGUUGGGGCAAACAGUGAUUUCUCUUUUCUAUGAAGUGGAUCCAACUGAUGUAAAGAAGCAGACUGGUAAGUUCGGGAAGGUCUUUAAAAAAACUUGUAAAGGUAAAACAAAGAGCGACAUCAAAAUAUGGAAACAGGCUUUGGUGGAAGUUGCCAAAAUCGCCGGUUACCAUUCAAGAAACUGGAAGACCGACGCAGAGAUGAUUAAAGAUAUUGCCACUGAUGUUUCAUACAAGUUGAACCAUUCGGCACCAUCCAGUGAUUUUGAAGGCUUAGUUGGGAUAGAAUCUCAGAUGACAAAAAUAGGAUCAUUGUUACAGCUAGAUUCGGAUGAAGUGAGAAAAAUAGGGAUUUUGGGUCCGCCUGGGAUUGGUAAGACCUCCAUUGCUAGAUCUCUAUACAAUCGACAUUCCCAAGAUUUCCAACUGAGUGUCUUUAUCGAUAAUAUCAAAAGAAAGUAUGUGAUACCGACUUGUUCUGAUGACUACAGUGUGAAGUUGUAUUUACAGAAGCAGUUUAUGUCUCUACUAACCAAUGAGACAGAUAUCAAGAUUCCACAUUUGGGAAUCGUCAAAGACAGGUUGAAAGACAGAAAAGUUCUUGUCGUCCUUAAAGUUCAGUUAUGAUGCCUUAAAUCAUGAAGAUAAACUUUUAUUUCUUCAUAUAGCCUGCUUUUUCAAUGGUGAACAAGUUGAUAUAGUGGAAGGCUGUCUAGCAAAAUGUUUUUUGGAUGUGACUCAAGGGCUUCGCGUCUUAGCUGAAAAAUCUCUCAUAUCUAUGGAAUCGAGAGCAAUACAAAUGGCUGAGUUGCUAGUCCACUUGGGAAGAAAAAAUGUACUAGAACAAUCUGUUAGUGACCCUGGUAAACGCCAGUUUUUGAAUGGUACAGUUGAUAUCGGUGAAGUACUUAGUGAUGAUAAAGCCGUAAGUUUUAAGGAUGGUAUUUUCAGUACAGUAUAUUUGAUAUUAUAUAAUAACUAACCAUUCUCUAUUGAUGUUUCAUUGGGAGUUUUACAGGAUGUAGCAGUGUCAUAGGAAUCGAUCUUAAAGAGGAGGAGGACAUAUCAUGUACAAGUGAAAGAUCCUUUGAAAGAUUGACUAAUCUUCAAUUCUUAAGAAUCAGUGGCAAUGGCAUCAACCCACAAAGUCUGAACUACAUAUCCCAAAAACUUAGAGUACUCGUGUGGUCGGAGUUCCAGAUGCCAUCUUUUCCUUCUAGUUUUAAUCCAAAGUUCCUAGUCAAACUCGAGAUGCAGUUUUAGCGAUCUUGAGAAAUUGUGGGAUGAAAUUCGAGUAAGCAAUUCUUUAUUUUCAGAAAUAACUGUCCAAAUUAGGCUAUCUAACCGGACAGUUCUAAUAUGUGUUUAAUACUAAUUCUAUCAAUGUGUUGGUCUUGUGUGCUUC